CUCUCACUCGAACUCAGUCACUCACUGUUUCCAAUUCCUUCUCUUUCACUCUAACCCUAAAAACUCCACUCAACUUUUCCUCCACCUCCACCGUCGCUCCGGCACUCCCACACCACGCCACCGCCGGUUGCUCCUCCAUCACAGACGAUUACGAACUCUCGAACUUGGUGCUGCGUUGCUGCUGGCUGCUGCUGCUCCUAAAAUCGAAAUUUUUGAUUUUGUUUAAGGUAUUUUCACUCUUUAUCCUAAAUUCUAAUAUUAAUCUUGUUCUAAUCUUUAAUCUUAGUGUUAAUCUUAAAUUCUUAAUCUUGUUGAUUUUCAAGUGGAAAUAAUUAGUGUUAAUAUUAAUCACACAUCCAAACCCGAAUAAUCUUCAACCUUCCAUUCGGGUUUCACGGAUUCUCCAACUUCUAGAUGAUUCACCUUCAAUGGAGGUCAAUUUAACUGAUUAUUGCAGCAAUUUUUUGAUUAGACUGUCAUUUGGUAUUUUGUUGCUUAUAUGUUGAAUUCAACCCAGAUAUUGCUUAUCGAGUAAUCAUGAAGUUGAAUGUUAUGUUUCUUUGAUUCAUUUUUUGAGUGUUUUCUAUGAUGUUGAUAAAAUUAGGGUUGUGUUUGAAAAUUUUAAAUUGGGUUGUUUGCAAUUUGUUAUGACUGUAAAUUUUGGAAAUUUUGAUUGCUGGAGUUGAUUGCUGGAGUUGCUGCCUUGCUGGAUUGAUUAGGAAAUUUUGGAAAUUCAUGUAAUUUUUUUUGAAUUUUUAAUGUGAUUUUUUCUUAAGAGUUCAAUUCUUAAUUGUGGUUUUUUAAUGUGUUUGUAAUUUGAUUUUUAAAUUUUUAAUUGUGGUUUUUUGAAUUUGAAGAGUUCAAUCAUGUCUAGUAGUGGGGCUAGUGUCUCUGAUUUGGUUUUCUUUGAUUUGGUUUGUAUGACUUAUUUUAAAUACUCAUGUUGUUUAUUUGGUACUUUUUUUGCAUUUUAUGUGUUUUUUAUGUUUUUAAAGUGUUUAUUUACAAAUAUCAAAUGAAAGAUCGUAAAAUUAUCUUUAAUUUGAUAUAUUUAUUAUAUUGCCAUUUUCGUGUCCCCGUGUCCGCCAUUUUUAAGUUGGCGUUUUCCCGUACUCGUGUCGUGUCCGUGUCCGUUUUAGUGCAACCUAGGGGAGAACGAGAAGGAAUGAGGGAGAAGGAGAACUGGAGAAGGGAUCGAGGGGAGGGAGAGCUUCAGAAUCAGAGGCUCAGAGCUUCUGUUUCAUAAAUGUUAUAAUAGUAACAUUUAAAAUUUUAAGUAAAAUGGAAAUUACGGGUUCCGGUCUACGGUUUACGGUUUUCACCAGAUCGGAAUUUAUUUCGGUUUUCCGGUCCGGUCUGGUCCGGGACCGGACUGGAAACCGUUUUUUUUGAUAAAAAAAACCGGACCAGACCAUUUAGACCGUAGACCAGACCAAAUAUUUAAAUUACGGUUUGGUCCGGUUUGGUUUACGGUUUAGACCAAACUCUGUUCAGCCCUACAUUCUAUUAUAGUAUUGAUAGUGACAUUUUUGCACAUAUUACAAAAGUAUGCAACAUGAAAUAUUUCAUGAGAUUUGAUUAGUUACUAAAUGACAAAGGAUUUAGGAUUUGCGAGAGUGAGUGAACAAACGGUUUAGAGAUUUCAUUAAAAUUUUUGAUUAUUUAAUUUGACAAGACUAAAUCCUAUCGGUGUGGUUUCUUUUACCCAAGAAGCUACUCAUUUGGAGCAACUAUUUCGUUCUUACUUUGCUCUUUUUACGGAUUAGUAUUGUUUUUUUUGGAAUGCAGACAAACUGUUUGAUGGUUUGUCUGAAUGAGAUAAAGAAUGUUUUGGGUGAAAAAGAUGAGAUUUUUGAUGUCCAAAUUGCGUUGCUUUUCUUCUGCAUCAUCAUCAUCAUCACUACCAUGGAUAUCUCCUUUGCAUUACCCAAAAACUAGUCCUACAAAGUUGGAUCCUCCACCAUUAGAACAAGAGCAAGAGCAAGAACCAAACAAGAAAACAAGGUUUAUUACUCAUGAACAAGCAAUAGAAAUGAUCAAGCAUGAGAAUGAUCCUCAACGAGCGUUGGAUGUAUUCAAUAAGGUUUCAGAGCAAAAGGGUUUUAAUCACAAUAAUGCUACUUAUGCAACUAUACUAAACAAGCUUGCUAUUGCUAGAAAAUUCAAAGGAGUUGAUGCCCUUUUGCAUCAAAUGAGAAAUGAACCCUGUAAAUUUUAUGAGGGUAUUUUUACAAAUCUUAUGAAGUAUUUUUCUAGGUGUGGUAUGCAUGACAAAGUGCUUGAAAUGUUUGAUUUAAUUAGGCCAUAUGUUGGGAUCCGACCCUCUCGUAAUGCUGUAAGCACUUGCCUUAAUCUCCUUGUCGAAUCGAACCAAAUGUGUUUGGCGCGAAAGUUUUUGGUGGAUGCCAAGAAAUAUCAUAAGUUGAACCCAAAUACAUGUAUUUUUAAUAUUUUAGUAAAGUACCAUUGCAAGCAUGGAGAUAUUGAAUCUGCCAUUGAAAUUGUGAAAGAGAUGAGGAAAGCAAGAGUGUCUUAUCCCAAUUUGAUCACCUAUACAACGCUGAUGGGUGGCCUAUGUCGGAUUGGAAGGCUUAAGGAAGCAGUCGACCUAUUUGAAGAGAUGAUUUCUAAGGAUAAAAUUGUUCCUGAUGCUUUCACUUACAAUAUCUUGAUUGGUGGUUUUUGCCAAGGUGGGAAGAUUGAUCAAGCAAAGAAGGUAAUGCAGUUUAUGAAGAAUAAUGGAUUCACCCCAAACGUGUUUAAUUACUCGACUCUUAUGAAUGGAUUUUGCAAGGAAGGGAAAAUAAAAGAAGCCAUGGAAGUAUUUGAGGAGAUGAAGGCCAUUGGUAUAAAACUUGAUGCUGUUGGCUAUACUACUUUGAUAAACUACUUCGGCAGGGCAGGGCGGCUUGAGGAAGCAAUGGAUUUGCUUAAAGAAAUGAAAGAAGAAGGAUGCAAACCUGAUACAAUAACUUACAAAGUCAUCAUUGAAACUUUAUCUAGGGAGAAAAAGUUCGACGAAGCUCUUCAAAUGCUUGAAAGGUUACCUUAUGAAGGUGUCUUCUUAGAUAAAGCUAGUUACAGAAUUACUCUGAAUUCCUUGUGCAGUUCUGGUGACUUAGAGAAAUCUGCCUGGCUAUUAAGUUUAAUGGUUGGUCGGGGUUUUGUUCCUCAUUAUGCAACUUCAAAUGAUAUAUUAGUUCAAUUGUGUGAGGCUGGAAGGGGAGCUGAUGCACUCUUAGCUUUGUCAGAGCUAUUGCCGAUGGGAUUUAAACCAGAGCCAACUUCAUGGAUGGUCAUGAUAGAGACAAUAUGUCGAGAGCGAAAGCUCUUGCCUUCUUUUAUACUGCUUGACAAGCUUGUUGAAGAGUUAAAAAGCUGAUUUAUUCUGAUUGUCUUUGGAUAUAGAAGCAGAUCCUUUGAGUUUCAAGGUCAAGCUGGGACUCUGUGAACAGCUCCUUCUCUGUGAGGAGGGCACACAAAAUUUUGUGAGAAGCUCAAGAACUCCUAUGUGAUCACAGGAAACAUGAACAGAAGCCACGACUACACUAAUGCCAUGAUUGAUACAAGGAACGUUCCGUGGUGAAGUAUUGAAUAUACACAAUAUAUAUAUAUAUAUAUAUAUAUAUAUAUAUAUAUAUAUAUAUAUAUAUAUAUAUAUAUAUAUAUAUAUAGGGGAGAGAUCCAUUGAGAAGGGGUUGAAAAUGAGAAGGGUAAGAAGGACUCUACACCUUUGAUUUCACUAAAAUAAUAAAAAUCUAUGGUCACGAUUGAGCCAAAAAAUCAUAAUUGUAAAAGUAACUAUGUUACACAGAAAUGUAA